AUGUUGAUGAUCUCAUUGUUUCCGCGAGCGCAUCCUUCAUUUCCAAGCUUUAUUUCUAUCGUAAUUUUUCCAUCUGGGCGCCUCGCCUAUUCAUUCUUUUUUGGGGUGUAUAAAGCCACGGAGCGAUUCAGGCAUCUAUCUUAUUGUAUUGACGCAAUUGGAAGAUCAGGAUUUCUCCCUGCCGCUCAAGCGGGAUCAGAUCGGGCUUUAGCGAGAACAGCUGUAAUUGAAUCGGGAACGGAAAGACUUCACUUCAACUCAAUAAAUGACGUCUACUUCGUAAGUGCUAAGGCAAAAUAUAUCACCGAAAGGAAAGGUGAUAGGGGAGCCUAG